AUGUCGACCGAUAUUUCACCGUACUCGCAAAAUCACGUGGAGCCCGUUAAUGGUUAUCCUUCAGAUAACAAGACCUGCGACGGUUCCUCUGCUACUACGGCCAAGUACCAUGAUCUUGUCCGUAGCUCUGACCUCUUCUGGGAAAAGCUCAAAGCUUUGCCUGAAUUCUCCAGCAAAUCUUUGAAGGUUCCUACUGUUGGAGGCAACACCCUCGAUCUGCAUCGGCUUUUCGUCGAGGUUACAUCUCGAGGUGGCAUCGAAAUGGUGAUUAAGGAACGGAAAUGGAAAGAAGUGAUCGCUGCUUUCAAUUUCCCGACAACAAUAACAAGUGCAUCGUUUGUCUUAAGGAAGUAUUAUAUCAAGUUCCUUUUCCAGAUGGAACAUGUGUAUUACCUUCAAAAACCUGUUUCUUCAAUCCAAUCACCAGAUGAAGCAAUGAAGAGCUUUAUCAAUGCAUCACCAAACCCUGAGGAAGGUAUUGAUGAGCCGCAAGCUGGGUUUGUGGUUGACGGAUUCAUUGAUGGGAAGUUCGAUAAUGGAUACCUAGUGACGGUCAAAAUUGGUUCUCAAGAGAUGAAAGGUGUGCUUUACCAUAUUCCUGAAACACCAAGUCAGCCUCAACAAACCCUGGAAACAUCUCCAGCCACUGUACCAUCAUCUCAACGCCGGUAUAAGAAGAAAUCAAGAUUGGCUCAAGUUGACUCUCAGAAGCCCAAAUGCCACAGGAGCGGCUACAACUUCUUCUUCGCUGAGCAGUACGCGAGGCUCAAACCUGAGUUCCAUGGACAAGAACGAAGCAUCACCAAGAAAAUAGGACACAUGUGGAGCAAUCUCACCGAAUCUGAGAAACAGGUUUAUCAAGACAAAGGGGUUAAAGAUGUGGAGAGAUACAGAGUUGAGAUGCUGGAAUAUAAAUCUUCACAUGACUCAGGAGCUGCUGCUACAGUGGCUCAGUAG